CCUCCUACUUUGGCAUACUUAUCCAUCUGUCCUUCUCAACACAGAGACAGACAUAUACAUCACACCUCUCUGGUCCCACCAGAGCUGCCAUCACCAUGUCUCUGGGGUCCCUGGCAUUUGGGGCACUGGGAGAGGAGGAAGAGCAAGAGGACUCAGAGACCCUGGACAGCUUGAAGGCACUCACUGCCAAAUUAAAACUACAGACCAGAAGGCCCUCGUACCUUGAGUGGACGGCCAGGGUCCAAAGCCAAGCCUGGCGCCGAGGCCAUGCCAGGACUGAACUGGGGGAACCAGGCCCCGGAGCCAUCUGUGGUUUUCACACUCUGGAUGACGCCCUGCAGUGGCUCAGAGAGGAGCUGAGGCAGAUGCGGGCCCAGGACCGGGAGCUGGCUGGGCAGCUAUUACGCCUCCGGUCCCGAAUGCACCAGCUGAAGGUGGAACAGAUCUGCAGGCAGCACCAGGAGCUGUUGGACGAUGCUGAGCUGGAGGCCGAGGCUGAGGGCCUGGGCUUCGGAGAGGCUGCAGAGCUGCUGAGCCCCGGCUCCCUCCGGCCCACCCGCCUCCUGGCUCCCCCGCUCAGGGACAUCGGCCUCACCCGGAUGAACAUCAGCAGGCGCCGGUUCACCCUCUGCUGAGCAGGCAGGCCCCGCUGCAAACAGCUGAGCCUCCCCUGCUCUCCCCACAGGGGUGUCUGACCCCAAGCCUUGCUGCUCUACUGCACUGGACCUGAGGGAUGCAGUCACCCUCGGCACAGAGGGACCACGGUUCACUGCCUAGAGGGAGGGAGAGAGCUGUUCAGGCUUCCCAGAGUCAGCUCUCCCCAAUUACCUAGAUCAGGAGUGGGAAGCCUGCAGCCUCGAGACCACAUGUGACCCUCUAGGUCCUCAAGUGCAGCACUUUGACCAAAUUCAAACUUCACAGAACAAACC